AUUUUACUUGACAGUCUUGACACUGACACUAAUGACAGGCCAUCGUACCACCAACCACCUCGGUCGAUCGUCCUGUCUAAAUAUUUUUAAAUUUAGUUUUAUAUAUAAAUAUAUAAUGUAAUCAACGAUUAUCAAUGGUGUAAAGUGUUCAGAUUUUAAUACUUUAUCUCUAAUUACACAAUUAGAGAUCUAGGUACUUGGUGUUAUUGUGAUUAAUUUUUACGCAGAAUUUCGAAGCGAUGCUUUCAAGUAAAACCAAACACUGUUUACAUUGCCUCCUUUUUAUUACAGUCAUAUUAUUUUUCGAGAUAUUCGCAGGAGGAAUUAAAGUGUUCAAUGGAGGUGUAUUUGUUCCAACUGCAGAAUUAGAUCCAUGGACUCAUUAUGGCAUCAUUGGAGCCUUAAUUUUAUAUUUUUUAAGAUUACUCACAUUUUUACCACUACCUCAAGUACUUUUUAACUUUGUUGGUUUGACACUUUACAAUGCCUUUCCAGACAAAGUGAUUUUAAAAGGGUCACCUCUUUUAGCCCCGUUCAUUUGUAUUCGAGUUGUCACAAGGGGCGAUUUUCCACAGUUAGUUAAAAAUAAUGUAAAUAGGAACAUGAACAAAUGUUUAGAUUCAGGCUUAGAAAAUUUUCUGAUAGAAGUUGUAACAGAUAAAGCUAUUGGAUUUCAACAACAUAGAAGAAUUCGUGAAAUAGUUGUUCCUGCAGACUAUCGCACAAAAAGUGGUGCUCUAUUUAAAGCCAGGGCAUUACAAUAUUGUUUAGAGGAAAAAGUUAAUAUUCUCAGUGAUAACGACUGGAUUGUACACUUGGACGAGGAAACAUUGUUGACAGAGAAUUCAGUAAAAGGUAUUUUGAAUUUUGUUAUGGAUGGAAAACAUCAAUUUGGACAAGGCCUAAUAACAUAUGCAAAUGAAGAGGUGGUGAAUUGGAUAACGACAUUGGCUGACAGUUUUAGAGUUACUGAUGAUAUGGGAAAAUUAAAGUUGCAGUUUUUAAUGUUUCAUAAGCCUUUGUUUAGCUGGAAGGGAUCUUUUGUUGUCACACAGUUGGGUGCUGAAAAAGCUGUUUCUUUCGACAAUGGCUUAGAUGGAUCUAUUGCAGAAGAUUGCUUUUUUGCAAUGCGUGCUUUCAGUGAAGGCUAUAGUUUUAAUUUCAUUGAAGGAGAAAUGUGGGAAAAAUCACCUUUUACUCUCUGGGACUUUGUGCAACAAAGAAAACGUUGGCUUCAGGGAAUACUUUUAGUUGUUCAUUCAAAAGCUAUACCAGUGAAAAAUAAACUCCUCUUGGCAUGUUCUUGUUAUUCUUGGUUAACAUUGCCUCUGUCGGUUUCAAAUCUAAUUUUAGCUUCGAAAUUUCCAAUACCGUGUCCACCAUUUAUUGAUUUUAUGUGUGCAUUUAUAGGUGCAGUAAAUAUUUACAUGUUCGUCUUUGGUGUUAUAAAAUCAUUUACUGUAUAUAGAUUUGGAUUACCCAGAUUUUUGUUAUGUGUAAUUGGAGCAGUAUUUGUAAUACCUUUUAAUUUAAUUAUUGAAAAUAUUGCUGUAGUUUGGGGUAUUUUAGGCAAAAAACAUAAAUUUUAUGUUGUUAAUAAAAACAGUGGCCCCACAAUUACUGUUUAAUCUUAUCCAAUGCAAGGCACAAAUUUGUAUGCUCAAUUUAAAGUAUUAUUUAAAUAGUGCUUGUUUUUUAUACCAAAGAAAUCCUUUAAGUAUUAUGUACCAUUAGAAAUGUAUUAAGUAAUAACUUGCAAUAAUGAAUUUUUUGCAGUCAUUUUGUUUUUAUUUCUAUAUAAUCUGAUUAAAUGCAUCUAGAACACUUAAGCGACCAGUUAAGAAGGAAUCUUUAAAAUUUAUGUAGGUAUGCGUGGUGUCCGACUUAAUAGGAACUAAAUGCGAAUUUUAGAAAUGAAAGGAGUUCGAUCUACAAGGGAAAAAGGAUGUCAACAUCGGAUGAUAUAAUAAUGUACCCAUCAGUUUCAGAUUGUUAUCUUUCUUAUCGAAAAAUAUAUUAAAGAAAAUAAAUA